UGCUUGAAAGAGGACUACAUUUCAAUUUCAUAGGGGCCCAAAUUAAAUCAUCAAUCUCCCUCUACUCUACUCCACUCCACUCUCUCUGUUUCUCUUCUCCAAAGAAUCAAAACUCAAGGGUUUAUGCAGGGUUUUAAUCACCUUCUUUAAAGUUUAAACACACUUCUUACUUCUUCCCCCUUUUUUUUUCUCUCCUCUCUUUCAUGGCACCUUCUUCUUUCUCUCUCCUCCUUCGCCACCAUUACCACCACUACCACCAUCAACACUACCACCGUUAUUUUCUCUCUCCUCUAAUCAGACACUUUUCUCUCUCCUCUCAACACCAAUCCACCACCUCCACUUCCUCAGAACUUCCUAAACCUUCCUCUCUCUCCUCUCGCUUGAGCUUCGUAUUCGAUAAAAUCGACGAAAUCGAAAAAGAGCGCGCCGAGAAAGACGACGCUCUUCAGCGAAUUCGAGCUUGGCGGGAAUCACAAAAGAAGCAGAACAAUCAAGCUAAUGAGAAUACUGUGAAUAAUGGCGAUAAUGAUAAAUUAGGGUUAGGGUUUAGUGGUGGAAAUGAAGUAGUGAGGAAUUCAGAGGGAAGUGUUGUGGUGGUAGGAAGAGAGGAGGAGGUGAAUAAGGUAGGGUUGAUGAAGAGAGAGAUUGAGUUGGUACAUCCGUGGCCGGAAUGGGUUGCAUUGAUGGAGAGGUUAGUGCAGCAGAAUUAUUUUGAUCAUAGAAGGAAAGAUGAGGAUCAGAUGAUUGAAGCAUUGGGUUCAGUUGAUGUGUCUGGAUUUGCUGAAGAAGAAGGGUUUGAUUUUACUAGGGAUUGGAAGACUGUUAAUGCUGCCAUUGUUAAUUUUGGGAAAGAUCGCUUCGAUAUUUUGAGGUCACUUUCGAGACAGGAUAUACAAACACUUGUUGGGUAUGGAUGUCCUAGUGCAGACAAGAAGGUGGUAUUUUCUGCAAAACUUUUGAGGAAACAUGCUCAUCUUGAUGAAGGAGAUGUUUGCAGCUCCUGUAGUUUAAGAUAUAACUGUGAAAGAGCAUAUUUGGUUACUAAUAAGGAGGAUGAGGCAAGGACAAUCGAUUUGAUGCGUGUCUUUAUGACUUAUGGCUUUGAUCCCAUAAAUGGAUCAGUUGAAAAUAAGGCUUUGUUGAAGCACAAAUCUGUGAAAUCGAUAGUCCGUAAAUUACUUCACGAGGUUGUCAGGUUAAGUGCGGUGCCGAUAGAUCCCAAUCUCCCUCCUCCAGUGAUCAAGAAGCGUCCACCAAAGGUGAAGCAGCCACCACCUCCGCCCAAGAGACGAGUUGGACGUGAUGACAUUGAGAUGAAAAAGGGUGAUUGGUUAUGUCCCAAGUGCAAUUUCAUGAAUUUUGCCAAGAAUUCUGUUUGCCUGCAAUGUGAUGCAAAACGUCCCAAAAGGCAGUUGCUUCCAGGAGAAUGGGAAUGCCCCCAAUGCAACUUCUUAAACUACAGAAGAAAUAUGACUUGUUUCAACUGCGAGCAUAAGCGACCUCCUGAUGAAUAUGUGGAGAAUCAGAUGCAAGGAAGGCAGCAGAGACCAAUUUCAAGGCUUGAAAGGACUCCUAACAGGGAACAAGUUUCUAAUGCCUGGAACUUCGAUUUUGAUGAUGAUGAAUCAGAUGGGGCAGAUGUUGCAGCUUUUGAGUAUGCAGAUGCUCGUGCAAUGAAUGAAGAUCAAAAUCUGGAUAGUCCACCAGAAAAUGGUACCUUCAGUAGGCCUCAGGACAACCUAUACGGGGUCAGCAGAACUUCAAGGCUUCAGGAGAAAGAACCUCCAGCUCCAAGGUCUGUGCAAACAAAGCGCAGUAUGGGUUUUGAUGAUUUUGAAGAUGAGGAUGAUGACAUUGACAGCUAUGAGCUAGACAAUCAAAACAGAAACCAGAAGCAGGAAGCCUCUUCACUUCGUUUUUCUGAUGUGGAAAGUGAAAGCUAUUCUGAUGCUGAAAGUGACGAUGAUAUUCCAGGUUAUAGUAAAACAAGAUCUAGUUCUUACCCCAACGCAUCCAGGUCUUUCCAUCAAAAAGGAUCUAUGUCUGGUUCAGGGGAUGAUGAUAUGAACUUUGAUUCAGAUGAGGACCUUCCAGUUCAUCCUAAGUGGAAAUCUAGUCAUGUUGCUGAUGCUGGUCAUAAAAAUAAUGCUUCACGUGGCCCAUCCAGAAGAAUGGAUUUUGUCACUGAUGAAAAUGAUAGGCUUGUUUUUGGUAGUGAUGAUGAUGUUGAAGAGGGUUCCACAUCCCGACACCGUAGGGAGAGCUAUUAUGAUUCUGAUGAAAGGGGUCUUGGACAUGGUGAGAAGUCGAACCAAAUCAGAAAACAGAACAGGUUUGGAGGUCGACAGAGUGGCAGUUUUGUGAAGGGCAGUGAUUCUGAUGAUGACUUUGGUAGAUCCUCUCGAGGCUCUCGUGGUAGUCAUAGGGGUUCAUUUGACAAAGUACGUGGAGGACAAAGCAUGAGCCGAGGCUCUCGUGGCAGUCAGAGAGGUUCAUCGGACAAUUUACAUGGACGACAAAGCAUGAGUGGCGGCUUGCGUGGCAGUCAGAGGGGUUCAUUUGAAAAUGAACGUGGACGACAAAGCAUGAGGGGAGGCUCUCGUGGUAGUCAGAGGGGUUCAUCUGACAAUGUACAUGGGAGAAAGAGCACUAGUAUGAGACAAAGAGGUAUGCAGAACUUCAAUGAGUUCAAACAAUCACGAACAGGUCAUGGAGGACGGAGAUCUAAUGAAUCAGAUAAUAAUUGGACAGAUCAUGAUAGGCCCCUCAGGCAGCGAAGAUGAUAAUGAAUAUGAACCAAACUAGACCUGUGUUGUGGUUUCCAUCAGCAUUUUGACAUGGACAUGGGAGAUAUGGUUUCAUGAUAAAUCAAAUUGAUGAGAUUCAGUGCUGGCAACAAUGAUGCUUUUGUUGUGUGACUGAAUCUGGAGAAAUUGUGAUAUUGUGGAGUUGGAAACGUUACUGGAAUUGCUGUCCUUUCAACAAAAGGAGGAAGAAAAUCCUCAUAGCAUGUGGGAGAAAUGGGAGUAUGUAUUCUCAAAUAAGGGCAUCGCGGAGACAAUUUUACAGGUAAGGGGUGCACCCCUUACGUCCUCUCUAAGUUGGUGCGUUCUUGAUUAUGCUCCAGAAUACUGAAUAUACGCAUCAGCUGAAUUAUGGGUGUCACCCACUUUUUACAAAAAGUUGAGACAUUCUCGUAAUCAUGAUUUCUCCUCUCAUUCCACUGCUACAACACUUGCAAAAAGCUUAUUUCCCAAAUGAAAAAGGUAUGUUAGAAUGAUUGGCCAAGCAUGAUUAUGCGAGUCGCAUCACGUUGUAUUUGAAGGGAUUGACGAGAUUGACGAGCUGUAUUCGAGAUAUGCCGGGGAGGAACUGAAGAUGUUUUCAUGAAAUGGAAAAGAUAGAUGGUUUUCAUUUCUUCCCCAUCACAAAAGAAGGAUAACGUCGAUCCAAUAUGGGGAUGGGUGUAAGCCGUGUAACUAUUGGUUUUGUUUGAUUCGUGGAGAAUAUUGAAGUGAGAUUCAAUGUUGUUGAUUUGGUGUCCUAAAUUUCUAUGACACUGUAUGGCAAAGGUGCAAAUGAUUACGUUGAAAUAGUCUUUUACAAAUCAUUAAUGAUGAUGAUGAUGAUGA